AUGAAACCAUAUGAUAAUACGGCCGCCAUCGGUCCGCGUCACAUUGUCAGCGAAUGGGAGGAUAACGUUGUGUUCGAUGCAGAUGAUCCCGACUUUAGCAGUGGCGGUGGGGCACCUCCGGCAACAACCGCGGUGCUGGUUCGGUCGAUCGGGUCACAGCAGAUGGUGAAGGUGCCACCGAACCUGCCACGCUCGGUCACGACCUACUACGGGCUUAGCUCCGCGGCCACGGUGGUAUCGAAUUUGAACCACCUCAUGAAGGUAACGUCAAGUGCGAAGUUAUCAGCGAUCAGCAACAGCAGCGGUAUGUCGGUUGCCAGUGUACAAGCACCCCAUCUGGCCGAUUUGUGCAGCUCGUUGAGCCGUACCAGCCUGAGCAUGUCCUCGUCGCUGUCGGACCUGGUCAAUAACAGUCCGUCGCUCGGGGCCGUCUUUGACUUUCACUCCUCGGACGCGGUGCUGACGAUCGAGGAGCUACGGGAGCAGCUCGGUUCGUGCUAUACGUGCGGCGUGUCCUGGACCGGGGAUCAGGUGUCGCUCGAUUGCACCGAGUGCGGCGGCUACAGUCUCGAACGGCCCUGUCUUAUCUGCGAAGGUAUCUGUGGUCAGCUGUGGAAGCGUGAUUUCACCAUGAGCCACGCUUGCGGGAAAUCACGCUGGCAGGGAGUGUGCACCAAGUUCCCGGCCCCGAUGAUUCAGCUGCAAUCGUCAGCACCGCUCAGCAGUUGCGCCAGCUUCGGUAGCCACCACCAGCUAUCGGCCGCUUGUGUUGCCGCCGGUACCACCGGUAGUGCGGCCCCGGUCAGCACGUGCCACUCGUCGGUUGCUGCUUCCGUUGCCAGCCAGCAACACUUCCUGCAGCAGGAACUGUGUGCGCGGUUAGAGAAGCUUUCGACCAAUGCGCACUCGUAAGCGCACGUCGGAAGGGCGCUUAAUGGUUCUUUUGGUUUCGUUUCACUUUUUUUUGCCCCAAAACGCACCCGUAAGGCUCCUCCAGAGAAGUCACAAAAUAGGUGUUGCGGUUAGUAGAACGGUGUAGAACCUCUUUCGUGCGUUGCGUGCGCUUGUGCGCGCUCACUGUAUUACGCCGCCAUAAGUUCCUACCCCGUUGAGGUGACUAUAAACCACACGCCACGAGAUAAGUAACACGAAGAUGCGUGCACAGUUGUUGCCAAAACAUAGGAAAGAGAGUCUGCAUAAUGCUGCCGACAACAUCGUAACUUGAGACUGCGAACUGAGACACGAACCAGCAUUUGGCUCUGCGUAGGGUGCACCACAUUUUGUUAGCUUUAGGCCCUUUUUUGAUAUGAUUUCAUUAUUACCCGAGGAGGUAGCUGUUCCUCGUCGGUUCGCUUCGCAGCGAGGCUUCACUUUCUGUUUCUCAAACGCUUUCUCAGCCUCGCAUUGCUGAGCCUGGGUCAACCGCGGCGGACCGUACCGUAGUAGUAAAUGUGAUAAGAUUCGCACGCCAGCAAGUGUGCGAGCUUUUACUAAAGCGAACAAGGAAACGGAGAGCACACAUGAAGCCGAGGCCCCGCGGAGCAUGUGGAACAAUCCGGAGAACGGAAGGAGAGAUGUUUUUCUGUGAAAAACAUGACAUUUAUAGUGGUAGGCAAACGUAGCACGUAAAAACCCGUAGAAAAAAAAAACGGCGGCCAACGUUACACGUUAGAUGAAUGUAUACGUAUUUGUUGACACCAGCUUCGGACGUACAAUUCAAAACAUUUUUCCAAAAGGCCAAAAACUCGGUUCGAUCUGAUACGUUACAGUGUGUUUCUGGCGGUGUUCCGCUGGUUACGACACUGGGCCCAGAAGUGGAUCUAAAUUUAUGAUAUUAAACCGUACGAAAACUAGCGAUUAGCGUGUGGCGAAAUCGUAAGAGUGCAUAUAGCUUAGGCGGAGAACGGGCAGGUGUUUUGUGUUUCGUGUAUUUACGGUCUGCCAAUCGAAUGGGGCCCGGCCACCGUGGCUGGGUCUAUUGGACGCAAACCGGUAGCUUAAUUAGCGAUGUAAGACAAGUAAACCGAAAAAAUUAAAUAAAAUUAAGGAAAUUAUUA